GUGAAUCAGAAUUGAGCAAGAUCUCAAGCAGGCUGGAUGGCAUAGCAGGGUCUGUACAUUUCACAAGUGCUUCAAAGUUAUCCAGUCGUGGUGUGACGUGAGUUUAGAAAAUAGCGAUGUCUCCUGAUGAGCUGGUGUACUUGGGAAUCCUCGCUGCCUCCAUCCCUGUUGGAUUCCUCUUUCGUUAUCUUAGUCCUCCCGUGAAGCAGGGGGCAGCCCUGCUCUUCGGCCUCUCCGUUACCAUAGUAACCUGUCAGAUCCACACGCUGCACUCUCUGGUGACGGUGAUUGGGACAUGGAUUAUAAUAAAAAGCAACUGGAGGCGUGCCCCCUCACUUUCUCUUGGCUGGACAUUUCUCUACCUCCUCUUCUUCCGGCUGGCAACAUGGUUUGGUCUGCCACAGCCAACGCCAUUUGCCAAUGCCAUCCAGCUAAUUCUCACCCUCAAGAUGGUGAGUAUAGCCAACGAGGUGCAUAGUUUCCACAUCGAGAAGAAAAAGGAAGUCAGCUCCUUUGCCAAGUCUCCUGUCAUCGGUGGUCUGUCUCAAGAGCCGUCUCUCUACGAUAUUCUGGCCUACAGCUACUGCUAUGUGGGUUUAAUGACCGGCCCGUUCUUCCGCUUCCAAACGUACAUCGACUGGCUGAGGCAGCCGCGGCCCCUGGCCCUGCCCGGCCGGGGCCCCUGCUUGCAGCGGCUGAAGCUCGUUCCUGUUUACGGCGCCCUCUUCCUGACUGUGAACUCUUACUUUCCUCUGGCUUACGUCCGCACAGAGGAGUUCCUCGAUCACAACUUCCUGUUCAGGUUUUUCUACAUGAUUGUGGUGUUCUUUGUGUUUCGGAUGCGUUUCUAUGCGGCUUGGUGUGGAGCAGAGGCCGGCUGUAUCAGUGCAGGCCUCGGCUGCUAUCCAGAGAAGGCGCUGUCCAAACCUGGAGGAGGACCCACUGUAAACUACAGCCCUGAUCCCAACACUCAGGAGGCGUAUGACUUCAAAACCAUCCAGAACAUCGACUGCUACAACACUGACUUCUGCGUGAAGGUGCGACACGGCAUGCGCUACUGGAACAUGACGGUGCAGUGGUGGCUGCAUCACUACAUCUACCCCAACUCCCCCUUCAAAGCCUACACCCUCAGGGCUGGUUGGACCAUGUUCAUCAGUGCUUACUGGCACGGACUACACGCCGGCUACUACCUGUCCUUCCUCACCAUCCCACUGUGCAUCGCAGCAGAGUCUGCCAUGGAGGCUUCAGUCCGAGCCAAACUGGGGCCCUGGGGACAGAACAUCUUCGACUGGGUUCACUGGUUCUUGAAGAUGAGGGCCUACGACUACAUGUGCAUGGGCUUUGUGCUGCUCAAGGCCAGCGACACCAUCAACUACUGGAUGUCCAUCUACUUCAGCAUGCAUAUCAUCGCCGUCUGCUGCAUAAUAGUGGGCAGGGUCCUAAAGGGAGGGCGAAGGGAAGGGAAGCGAGGGGAAAAGGAGGAGAAAAGAGAGGAGGGGAAAACAGACAACAUGAAAGAGAAAAGUGGAGAGAAGACGGACUGAGUGGAGGGGCUGAACUGCUGUUUGAGCAAAAUGGGGAGGAGCACAGUUUCAAAAAUUCAUCGCACUGUCACUCAUCUGUGCUUGAAACAAAUGUCACACACUGGUUUCCUGUAGGGGGUGGGGUGGGGGGCUUAAAAUGGUGUUGUCGGAGUACGAGCAGAAAUCAAUGUGACCUGUAAUACCUGUAACGGUUACCUCUGGAGAUUCGGUUACAGACCAUGUCUUCAUGUCUUCAACAACAAAAUUGGCGGAGGAAAAUCGAGAUCUAUGAAUGUUAUUUUUGUAUUCUGAGGGGCAAAUGGGUGAACGGUACUGUAUUCAUACUCUUCACUCGCGCAUUUGCUCGUGCAGUAUGUGUAAGGUUAUUUCAAGACACCAAGUCCAGUUUUAAUACAUAAUACAAGAUGUUUUUAAAUCAAUCUUAGAGGUUGAAACGGGAUCGUGUCCAAACAGAAACUUAAAAGGUGCUGCCAUGUAAUAAAGCAGUAGGCUGAAUAAAAGUACAGCCUUAUAAUGAACUCGGAUUCAUUCUACCCAAUUAAAAGUGAAACCAGGCACGUGAAAUAGGCAAUAUCGGCUCAUCCUGUGCCAUUAUAACCAAACUAACAGUACAUUCCAGUGGAGCACAUAUUUCAGGAGUAUCUUUGAUAAAAUCAGAGCAGUAGAAUAGAUUACAAUGAGCCAGGCAAAACCUGAUGAUGAUGAUAUCAAUAGGGCUCCACUUUCAUAGCCUAAAUGAUAACCCAAGCUGUUUUUGUGAUAAUGAUCAAUAAUGAUCACAAUUUUUCAUCAAAAUUUGAGGAGCACAAUUAAUUAACUGCCGUUUUUGGUGUAUUUCAACUGCAGCGGGCAUUGUAAAUGAUGUUGGAUGUUUCAGUACUGCCCACAUUUCUACAGGAUGUGAUUUUUAAUUGUGGAAACAUCACAAAAUACAGCUAUUUAAAAUAAAGCAGCCCUUUUAAGUGGAAGUUACAUCGCUACAAGCAGAAGUCUGAACAGUAGGCAAAUUCAAGGCCUAAAUUACAUUUUCAUGUUUACCUGAAUGCAUAAGGACCCCUCUUCUAAGCACCUUUGAAUUUGAUUUGAAUAACCUGAAGCUUUAUUAGCGCUAGAAUCUUCCUCGCUUUCUUCUGUCCAGCAUUCCUGUGCUUUGGCUUAGUGCAACAAGUCCACAUUUAUUUUGUGUGGAUAUUUUUUUCUUCUUAUUAUUUUAUGUUGUGUUUUCUGUCCUUAUUGGUGUGUUUUUUUUUUUUUUCUGUACUUCAUGGUGAAGAGGGUGUCAUUGUAAAAGAUGCUCACAAUCCGUUCACUGCCAAAAUGUCUUCACUGCCAUCACGGACCAUUCUGGGUUGGGACCAAACAUGUGAUACAAAAUCUAUCAAGUUUCAGUUCAUUUCCAUCAGCUGCCUGAUUCAGUGAUGAUUUCCUGAGCUCAGAAAAUUAAUUUGGGAUGAAAGUUUUGUGCACUCUACUGUUGUGGUGUUUGUCACGCCGCAAAACUUGCAGCAGCUUCCUCUUCUGUCAUGCUGUUGUAAUUAUUUCUCGAAUUUUAUACGAGCAUGGCUGACAGCAGAAUGGAAAAGUACAUCUCUGUCCCCCAGAUAUGUUGUACAAUUGAAUUAUCGUGGAUUUGGAGGUGAGUUAAUUUGAAUUUCAAAAUGAAUUUAUGUUUUGCUGGUAUCCUUUACUUCUCCUUGUACCGAACCCCAACCCUCCAAGUGAACAUUCCCCUUGUUUUUUAUGAUUACAUGGUGAUCUUUGUGAAUUAGUUAAAUCCUUUGUCAUCACAUGCGGUUGACCUGUCUUUUCUUACCUAUUUAUUGUUUUUUUUUUUGUUUUUUUUUUUUUAUUCCUCUGUUGUUUUUUGUGUGUUUGUGUCUACAUGGCUUCGCAUACUGUGACGAUUGUAACACUCCCUGCCUUGUAACAGUGUUACACAUUGGAAUACAUAUCAACGUUUCCUCACAAA